CUAAAGUUUAGGUUUUGAAAUAAGAACAUUUUUUUUUGUUUUUUUGGUCAUGGAGAAUAGCAACUCAUUCCCGGAGUACUCCUCGGCUUACUCCAGCGAAUUCGGGUUCCAGGAACGGUCCAAUUCGUAUAAUUUCAACGGGCCAUGCCAGAAGGGGAGCGGGUUUGCGGCGUCGAGUGAUCCGGAGCUCCAAAGGAAGAAGAGAAUUGCCUCCUAUAAUGUGUUCACCACGGAAGGUAAGGUCAAAUCAAGUGUUAGAAACAGCUUCAAGUGGAUCAAGAGCAAAUUCAGUGACAUUCGUUAUGGUGUAUGAAUUGUCUGAAUAUAUAUAUAUAUAUAUAGGAAUCUCAUAAUUGGGUUCCUAUAGUUGUAUAAUCACCCAUAUUCUUGUUAGAUCAUUACCUUUUUUUUUUUUUUUUUUU